AUGACUGAACAAAAUAUCCAAAGACGAGAGAUUCUGAUAGCAUACCAUGAAAUACCAGAUAAUUCGCAUGAUACGAAGCUUUUGGAAAGCGGUCCACAGUUUCGUCGUUCUGGGAGAGUAGCGACAAAGUCUUGUGCUUCUUACUCCACUCCUUUAACUGCAACAAGAAACAAGGCUCCGGCGGUAUCUGACAACUCUCGAGCCACACAAAGUGCCACGUCAUCAUCAGAUUCAACGCCGCAGAGCAGUGUCUUUAGCUCUAGUUUUUGCAGGAACCCAAACUCAGCCACUAUAUCCACGUCUCUUAUACUAAUGGAACACGGAGAGAAUGGAGAGCAACCUGGAAAGCCCGCUCUCGGGCAAGACCCUCUUGCAGAGAACCUCAAUUUCACUGCCGAUGAAACGAUUCGGCAAUCCUCAGUAGCACAAGACCUCGUUGCCAGUACUUCUCAGCUUGAUGAACCGCUACAAAACACUUCUCUUGAAUUCGUACCAGCUAUCAACAAGAGCAUCCUUAGAUCUGCGAAACGAAAGGAGAAUAUGACGAAAGAGCCUGUUAUAGAUAGGUCUCAAGUGAUGAGCCCUGUCAUAGAUAGGUCUCAAGUGAUGAGCCCUGUUAUAGAUAGGUCUCAAGUGAUGAGUCCGCCCCUUUCGCCAUGGCCAUCGGAUUUGAGUGACAAUGUCCCCAGCGAUCUUGAAAUCGAGGUGAAGAAAACAUCGGUUCAACAGAGGUCCCGGGCGAUGAGCUCGUCCCUGUCGCCAUGGCCAUCAGGCCUAAGUGACAACGUUCCAAGCGAUCUCGAAAUUGUGGUGGAGAAAACACCAGUUCAACAGAAGAGAAAACGCAAAGCGUCUACGAAAUUUGUUGGGUCCAAAAAGCAAGCUUCUAUCUGGAAGAAAGAGAUUCCGAAGACCACCAAGACAAUUGUCAGUUCACAAGCUCACGGUACACCAAUAGCUCUAGACUGGUCUGUAAUUAGUGACAGCGAUUUCUACGGAGACGUAGAUUCUGACUGUGCAAUGGGAUCAAAGCAGCGGCAGAAGAAAUCGAAGCCAUCAAAGGAGAAACCUCCUGCGAAGAAGAGAGGUUCAAAACGCCUAGUGCCCGCAUCAUCUGUCACAAUUCCUCAAGCAAAGCCCGAACCAAGAGGCUCACCACCUGUCUGGGCCAAUGGAAGGCAAGAUCUCUGUUCAGCCGUUCCAUACUUUCGAGCCCAUCAAGGUGGUACAUACACUUCUAAAGGGACAGCUUUUGGCUUCAUGUUCGACGGUAAUGACCACGUAAGGGAUUAUAUUGAUGAUGCCGUCAUCAUCUCCCGAGCUGGAGGUGGCUUAAAGCCCGACAAGAAUUCUGGCGAAAUGGUCUUAACAGCAGACCGUCCCCGGGAUUGCCGUGUUAAAGCUGUCGAGCACAAUAUCAGAGCGCAGAUUGCCGUCGUGAUCACCCUUGGUAUCAAUGCAAAAAAGGCGCCUGCAUCACUUCCUCAUAACUACAAUGUACUGGGAUAUUUCAAGCCCACCCAUGCGUGGACUGAGAAGAGUGAUGGCCUCGUCAUUUGGAGAUACCGAUUCGAGGUCUUCGAUCCCCUCGCUGAAUCAUGGUGGGGUACAAAAGGACAAUCACAGAGCAGACUGGGAGGCGACGGACCCGCUGUAAAAAAGAAAUGUCCAAUGUGCGGAGAUCUAAGCUUGCGGAUCUACGUUCAGGGGUGGAUGUGCCUUCAAGCUGUUUGUGCCAAUUUCUGGAGAUUGCCCAAUGGUGCCGAGCCCAACGAGAGUGAGCUGGUCUAUGACAAACGUUUCUUGCACCAGUACACCGCUUGGGACACCAGCAGUAAGGCUCUUCCUCCUCUACGCCCAGCGUUGAUGACGAUUGAGGAAGGUGACAUGUCCGGAAGGGAUACAUCUAAGGAUGCCUGGAAGGGAUUCGUUUGUCCGCGCUGUGGUAUGUGUAACUCCCGAAUUAAGUGGACAACCUGGGAAUGCCACAACGAUGGCUGUGGGCUCACAUACAGUUUGAGGACCACGAUCUUGAAUGCUAAAAGCUUGUCAACCAGCCAAAUCGUGUUCCCGAACAAGAUAAAUAGUGCCGUACUCCAGAAGACACGGACGAUUGGCAACUAUGAAGUCAGUAUCUUGACAAUUCCUGGUACUGAUGGUGGGCAGAUUGCACACUUCAAAGCAAACACAGCUGCAAAUGCCAUGGAUGCCGGUGCUGACCAUAUGUUCGAUGAGAUGCAACAUAAAGCUUUGGUUCUAGAACGCCGCACACUGAGCAAAGGAUUGCAGAAAGGAGGAACUCUCUGCGCACAGUUCUCGGUCAACUAUGGCAUGCCAUACAAAUUCGAUGGCAAGGCGACAAACUUAUCGUUUGAUGCUGCACCGACCGCCGUCCGGAACUCUCGUACACUGCUAAAUUGGGCUAUGAAGCAAGCCUUCCCAGAAGCAGAUCACAAUGACUUUAAUGAAUCUCUAGUACUUGGCUACUUCGAAGGCUCGCACAUAUCGUACCAUGACGACGGAGAAACCGGUCUGGGACCAUCCAUCGCCACACUGUCACUCGGCUCGCCUGGCUCCAUGACACUUCGGAUGAAGUAUAAGCACUACAGCGGGCUUAAGAGCGAAGUCGGACGCUACCAAACGAUGGCUCCCAUCCCAGGCUGUUUUAAAUACGAAGAACGCCUUGCUAUAAAUGCCGAGCUCGAGCGACUUGUCAAAGAGAACCCUCCACCUGCGUCGGCAUCGAAAAACCCGCGCAAGACGCCUGCUGUCAGUAAAGUGGUGCAAGAUCGCUUGGCAGAGAUUCCGGAAGAGCUUGGUUUGACCAAAGAGAAGAUACCCAACGCGAAGCCUAUCAUCAAGCUUUGCCUCAACCAUGGUGAUAUCGUCAUCAUGCACGGCGAAGCUAUUCAAGAGUACUAUGAACACAGCGUAGAAAACAAAGGCAUUCGGCGAUUUGCAAUUACCUGCCGCGACAUUCUGCCACAGCACCUUAAGGCAAGUGAGAUGCCGGAGUAUGAAGUGAAGCGCGAUGAAGGCACCUUUGAUGGCAAGAGUUUCGGGCAUCUUUGA